CCUCGCGUGGCGCGUCAAAUCCCUAUUGUUGACCGUCCUACUUAUAUCCUCAAACAUCUUCCUCUUUCUUCUUUCCAUCACUCAUUCUAUACAGUACACAGGACCGUCGCUUGACGCACCGUCCCACCCACACUCUUUCCAAGGCAAGACGGCUUUUCACCGCUCAUCAGCACCCCCAGGUAUAUCACUGACCAAAUCGAGUCUUCUUUGAUAGUCACUCUCUUCAACCCUUCAGCCACUCAACACAAAACGACAAACCACAUCACAAUGUCCUUCACCAAGAUCGCCUUGACCGCCCUCGCAUUCGCCUCUGUGGCCACUGCCGCCCCUAUCAAGAACUGUGCUAGGGACAAGCCCUCUUCUUACGACGAGUCUUACCUUGAGUCUUACGAGACCUACCACACCAGGUACCUCGCCCUCUCUUGCUACACCCAGCACAACACCACCUUCUUUGACGACUGCUGCCACCCUCUCCUCACCAACGAGACUUUGGCCGACGCCAGGUUGUCUUACUGCAACCCCAACGCCACCCAGCUCGCGGCGGUCAACUCAACGGAAGCGGCGAGCGCCGCCACUGCCUCCGCCACUAACAGUGCCGACCUGGAGGCUGCCUCAGCCUACUCUGAAGUCUCCAGCUCUGUCUGGACCGCCUCUGCUACCGAGACCGUCUCCUCCUCUGCUUCCGAAACCGCCUCCUCUGCCGUUGCCGUGGCCGACGUCGCCCAAAUCUCCGUCUCCGUCUCCCUUGGUUUGUCCAUCGGUAACGAACAGACCUCUACCUCUUCUGAGGUUGAGCCUACUACCUCUUCAUCGUCCUCUUACGUCGAGCCCACCACUGCCUCGUCUACCUCUACCUCGUCCUCCUCUGCCGCCUCUGCUUCUUCAACCAGCGAAGUCUACACUGGUGGAUACGCCACGUUCUACUCCCAGGGCUCUUCUGCCGGCGAGUGUGGUGACUAUCACUCGGACGACGAUUACGUCAUUGCCAUCGACUCCAACGGGUGGUGGUCCGACUACGAGUCUAACGACUCCUCUCCUUACUGCGGCAAAUCCAUCACUCUUACAAACACCAACAACGGGAAGAGUGUGACUGCCGUGGUGGCUGAUGUGUGUCCAAGUUGCACUACUUCUAACUCGUUAGAUCUCUCGGUGGCAGCAUUCAAUGCUAUCGCGAGUGAGGACGAUGGUAUGGUGCCAAUCACCUGGUUCUUUUCUAGUUAGAUAGGUUUGGAGAACUUUCUUCAUUUGAUUCACCAUAGCUUCUUUCCCUGUCGCUGGCAGACAGCAAAACGAAGGCUUUCAAGACCCAAUUCAUACUCUGGCAGUAGACAUGUCAUGUAUAAUUCGAUUUGAUAUCCGUUCGCAAAGGCGUGCUUGAAUUGCUGCCAUGCAUGUCUUCCAAUUUCG